CGCGGGCCGCUGGAGCAGCCGGCGCCAGGGACGAUGGUGGACCACCUGGCGAACACGGAGAUCAACACGCAGCGGAUCGCGGCCGUGGAGAGCUGCUUCGGGGCGUCGGGCCAGCCGCUCGCCCUGCCGGGCCGCGUGCUGCUGGGCGAGGGCGUGCUGACCAAGGAGUGCCGCAAGAAGGCCAAGCCGCGCAUCUUCUUCCUCUUCAACGACAUCCUGGUGUACGGCAGCAUCGUGCUCAACAAGCGCAAGUACCGCAGCCAGCACAUCAUUCCGCUGGAGGAGGUGACGCUGGAGCCGCUGCCCGAGACGCUGCAGGCCAAGAACCGCUGGAUGAUCAAGACGGCCAAGAAGUCCUUCGUGGUGUCGGCCGCCUCCUCCACGGAGCGCCAGGAGUGGAUCAGCCACAUCGAGGAGUGUGUGCGGCGGCAGCUGCUGGCCACGGGCCGCCAGCCCACGACGGAGCACGCGGCGCCCUGGAUCCCCGACAAGGCCACGGACAUCUGCAUGCGCUGCACGCAGACGCGCUUCUCCGCGCUCACCCGGCGCCACCACUGCCGCCAGUGCGGCUUCGUGGUCUGCGCGGAGUGCUCCCGCGAGCGCUUCCUGCUGCCGCGCCUGUCCCCCAAGCCGCUGCGCGUCUGCAGCCUGUGCUACCGGGAGCUGGCCGCCCAGAAGCGGAGGGAGGAGGCGGAGGAGCGGGGCCGGGGGUCCCCGGGGCAGCCGGCCCACCUGGCUGGGGCCGCGUGUGGAGCGUCCAGCGGAGACGACGACGACUCGGACGAGGACCGCGAGGGCAGCGGGGACGGGGACUGGCCCAGCCGCGUGCAGUUCUACGCCGCGGGCGUCUCCUGGUCAGCCUUCCACAGCUGACGCCGCCGGGGCCUCUGAGCCAGGCAGCUCCACUGCCCGGGCCCCCAGGAGGGCGGGGUGCCCCGGGACCCUACCGCGCUGGUGGUGGGCACCCCGUGGGGAGCGGCUCCUGCCCCUGGAUUCCAAGUGCCUUUUGCUGGACGUCACACCCUUCUAGUUCCACUUCAGGUAAUUAUCUCCCCGUUUAGCAAACCCCAAAACGCUCAGGCUUCUUGGGAACAAAUGCCGUGUCUCAGCCCUAUAGGCUGCAGCUGCAGAAAACCCCUUGAAUUAGACGAGCCCAGGUGCCCGGGCAUUUGGGGACCCCCCUGACCCCGGGCAAGCACACCCGUAGGAGAGUGAGUCCGGGAAGCCAAGGCCUGCCCACCAUCAUGCCACUGCCCACCCCUGGCCAGCUGGGCCCUGCCAGUCCGGGCACGUGGGCACCCCUCAGCCAGGCAGGAGACCGCCGAGCCGUGGCUGCCCACUGGGUCCCGGGACUGCAGCCUGGCCCGAGGAGGCCUCUGCCCCCUUCCCUCCGUCCAGGUGUCCAAAUGUCUGAUGUCUCUUUCUAUCCUGUCCUCCUCUCUCCCUGCAGCCAGCGAAACCGGCGUUUUCUGUUAGGACUCUUACUUGCAGGGACAGAAACCCUACCCGGGCUGGCUUCAUAAUAAAAAGGAAAGUUUAUUGA